ACAUCGGAAGUGACAUCAUCGGAACGUUAACAUUCGGAAGUUUCCAGGUUCCUAACCGGUGCUUUCAUAAAUCCAGACUGCAGCCCGCUGGCAUGGCUGUGGACUGGCUUGGGUUCAGCUAUGCUGCUCUGGUGUCAGCAGGAGGAAUCAUGGGCUACGUGAAAGCAGGCAGCGGUGCCUCCCUGGCUGCAGGGCUCUUGUUUGGCCUGCUGGCUGCCGUCGGUGCUUAUUUGGCAUCUCAAAAUUCCAAGAAUGUCUGGCUUUUACUAGGCACCUCGGGAACUCUGGCUGUGGUGAUGGGACUGAGAUUUCUGAACUCAUGGAAGUUCAUGCCAGCUGGUUUAAUGACUUUAGCAAGUGGACUAAUGCUGGUCAAAAUCAUCACUGGAAUGCAGAAGAAACCACAUAAAUGAAAAAAAAUGGAAAUAUCUAAAUAUACCUUUUCUGUGUGUAAACAUUUUUGACAGUAAAAAAUUAUAAAUCUAAUUUCUGCUCCCAUAAACUCUUCUUUCACAAACAUUUCCUUGAUGUGGCUUUCUAAUACAGUCUGCUUCUGUAUAAAAAAAGUGAUAUAAAUAUUUUUAGAGGAAAAGGUACAAAAAAUAAAGUACAUUUACAGUUAGGUGAUGUUAGCUUGUAAAUGUAUCUGCUGCUGUAAAACAAUACAUUUACCCACUUUGAUAAAGA